AUGCAGUGCCGGUACGGAAAGAUGGAGAUCAGCAUGGCCGUUCCGACUUUUCCUGGGAGGGAAUCAAUUUGUCCAUGGAGGACACUACUUCCAUUCUGCCUCGUCUCAAGAGGAAGCCCGACACGUAUGGGAUCGGUGCCCUGGCUAAGUCCUCUCUGACAGGUGUGUCAGGUGUGACUCGCUCCAUGAAAGACAAGGUGACCAAGCCCACGGCCAUGGCCCAGGGCCGCGUGGCCCACAUGAUCGAGUGGCAGAGCUGGGGCAAACCGACCGCCGGGCCCCUGGGGAGCAUCGGACGCACCAACCUGCAGAGGGAAAAGGAGAGGAGGUUGGAGAACGACGCCUACAGCGACCUCAGCGACGGCGAGAAGGAGGCUCGCUUUGCUGCAGGUAUAAUGCAGCAGUUUGCAAUCUCCGAGGCAACUCUGUUUGGCUGGAACUCGAUGGACGGGGAGAGUAUGGGAGCCGGUUCCAACCAGGGCAGCGUCGCUCACCUGAGUGAGGUCAACCAGGAGAGCAUCACAAGCAGAGACCAGGGGCUCCAUCAAUCCUCUGCAGAUGUCUGGCCUCACACCUACGUCUCCCAGGGCCUGUACUGCCUGUCGUCCUCCGACGGCUGGGAUCCAAUCACCAGCCAGCCCUCGGGCAUGGCCUCACCCGCUGCAGGCUCCUACAUCAUGGCCCCCGGUGAUGAUUUACUACUCUCACAUGGGGGCAGCAGCGGAGCGGGGGCUACACCUGCGGAUGGGUAUGAAGGGACGGUAGGAAGUUACCUCCAGCAGCACCAGGCUCAGCUUGCCUUGCAUCACCAGAGUCAACUCCAACAGCUCCAGCAGCUCCAUCACUACCAACAGCAGCAGAUUCUGCAGUACCAACAGCAGCACCAGUCCUUGGAGCAGCGGCUACACAGCGCCUCCCACUCCCUGCAGGCCACGCCCAACAGCACCAUCCACAGCCUGGGCCCGCCCACCCACCCCCGGCUGGCCGACCUGUGGGGGGCCGCGCAGGUGGACGCCCAUCAGGGGGAGGUGGUCGGGCUGAGCGCGCUGAUGGCUGACGUGGUCGGAGCGGUGGUGGAGACGGUCGGAGAGGAGCCAGAACUGGAGUCUGAAGACAACCCGGAUCAACCGGACGAGGAGGAAGAGCAUACGAGGGUGGAGGAGGUGACACUAACCCUGGAGCCGGAGCCGUGCUCCCUCACACCGUCCCCGCUGAGGGAGGAGCCGGCGGCCACCAGGGGUUCCAGCCCGGGACUACCAGCACAGCACGCUGCAUCCACGGCAGAGAGGAAACCGUUCGAGGUCACGCCGUGCGAGGACGCGGAGGAGGGAUCCAUCAUCAUCAUCGCCACCAACUGAGUCCCAUUACCUGCAAAAAAGAAGGACUUAAGCUGGACACAGAUACUCCAAUAAUCAAUCAAGCUAUUAUCCCCUCCCUCUCCCAAAUAUUUACCCACUUUGACCCUGAAGAAAUGUGAGAUGAUGUUUCAGCUGGAACGCUGGGAUACAAUGUACACAAACAAACUGGAUGCCAAGAACUCCCAGUCCUCCCAGUUUGUGAUGAAAAAACGAGGAAUCUGAAAAGACAAUGAUUAAAUUCAAAGCAAAUGAGAGGGGAAGAGGAGAUGCAUCCACACAUGUUUGGGACUCAGUGGCCAAACGAGCCAAGACUGGAUGCAAAAUUCUCGAAAGACAAAAAAGAAAGAAAGGUGUAAAAAAAAAAAAAAAAAAAAAAAAAAAAAAAAACGUGAAUGAUCUAAAAUUGUUUGCAGUUUAACAAAUGUGGACAUAAAACGGGCUGGUGAAUAACUCGGAGUGCUUGGUAGGAUCACGCUGAGACAUCCUGACGAUUCAAGCCCAGGACUGACGCACUUGGGAGUUAUUUGCCAACACGAGACUCGACUACGACCAAAAGAAAGUGCAUGCUUUUCAACAUUUGACCUAGCCCUAACAGUAUAACGCAGUAUACAAAGAAAUAAUAUAACAAAUUGCUUUUUUAUAAUAAAAGGAGGAAAAAAAAGACUAAAAGUGAUAUGUAUUUGUGUGAAU